AUGCUGCGCAACUUGGUGGGAAGUCUACGACGUCGAGCCAGAUCCGUAACUUCGCACGAAACGCACGCGACGAAGUCCGCUACGGAGGCGAUGCGAGAGACAGCUGAACCGCCGAUCCUCGUCACUAUUCAAAGAAUGGUGGACAAAUGUGUAGCUGAGGAUAGCGAUGAGCAAGAAGCAUCGUGCAGUGAUGAUGCCUGCUGUGUAUGUUUAUCACGCAUCGCUACUGUGCAUGCUUAUCCAUGUGGACACAAAAUUAGCUGCCGUCUUUGUGCCACAAUGAUGCUUAAGGCUUCUGCAAAGGCUCAGGAAAAGCAUUUUCGAUGUAUUAUGUGCAGAUCGAAUGUCUACAGAUUACGUUACGUUCGUCCAGAACCAGUAGUGAUCUUAUGUAAACCUGAAGCGCCAUUUGCGCUCCGUUGCGCACAUCCAAGCGAAAUCAGUUCCUACAGUCGGUCUAGAUCAUCUGAGUCACAUACUCCAAGCUCUUCGUGUCCUGGAUGA